AAGUUUGAUGACCCACAUGAUCCAGCCAACCUAAACAAGGAGAAGGAAUUUGAAACUGAACACAUUCAUAAUGACUUCGUUCAGUAGUGGGUUACUGUCUUACUGAACUAAACACUCGUCGAUAUCUAGUCGAAAAUUUCAGUAAAGAUUUCCUAUACAUAUACAUGUUGUUAUACUUUGAUUGAUUGAUUGAGUGUAACCAAGCUCCUUGGUGUAACGUUAAGUCAGUAAAAUCAUAAUGGCUUCUUCGGUUAGGUCAGCUUUACUGUUUUGCCACCCAUCUAUGGAAGGUUUGGCCGAAGACAUUGCAAAAAAGUGCUGUGCGGCAAAUUCAGAGCCAUUCAUCCCGGUUGUGACUCCAGUUUCCCCUUUUUCUUUUGCCGAGUCUGCAGCAGAAGAAAGGCGAUUGAAGAAAUUUCAACAGGUUCAAUUUGUCAAGACGAUUCAGUGGGAUAAGUUCAAAGAUGGAUGGCCUAAUCUCUUCAUUGAGAAAGUCAGAGAAUGCGCUGGAAGGGAUGUCAUAUUUCUUGGAAGUUUUCAUUCCCCUGAGGUGGUGUUUGAGCAACUCUCAAUAAUCUACCAUAUGCCAAGGUACUUAGCCAGAUCAUUCAAAUUUAUUCUACCCUAUUUUCCCACCGGUACUAUGGAGAGGAUUGAUACAGAAGGACAAAUAGCUACAGCUAAGGUUCUGGCAAUGCUGCUUUCUGCUAUUCCUUCAACAGCUCGGGGACCAGCUCAGAUUGUUAUGUUUGAUAUUCAUGCUCUACCUGAGAGAUUCUACUUCUCUGAUCAGGUUAUUCCAAGACUGGAAUCGGGCAUUCCCUUAUUAGUGAAGGAAAUCUUUAACAUGCCAGAUGAUAUCCAGGCAAACCUUAGUGUUGCAUUUCCUGAUGAAGGUGCAUACAAGAGAUUUCAUCAAAUGUUUGAAGAUUUUCCAAGUAUACUCUGUACUAAGAUACGAGAUGGUGAUCAUAGGAUUGUCUCUAUUAAGGAGGGUGAAACAUUUGGACGGCAUGUGAUCAUCAUAGAUGACUUGAUACAGACAGGUGGUACACUCAUAAAUUGUGCAAAGGUUUUACAGAAGCACGGAGCACUCUCUGUGAAUGCAUUUGUGACUCAUGCUGUCUUUCCUCAGCAUUCUUGGAGGAGGUUUUUGGAAGAUGAUGUUAAAUUGGAUACUUUCUGGAUCACAGACUCUAUCCCGCAUGCCAAGCAUAUUGCUCAGCAUCCUCCUUUUAAGCUCCUCUCAUUGUGUGAUGCCAUCUCUGAGACUCUGCUCAGCUAUGACCUGAAAGAGUGAAGAGUGCUAGAUAUAGUAAACCCCUUUUUAGGCUGGCAUUUUUUAAUCCCAGACUUUUCCUAGUUCAAAACUCUUGAUACCCCCAUAUUAUAUAUAUAUAUUUUCAUUUUAAAUUUAAAUCUCACUCAAUGGUCAGAUAGUAACUACUAUGCACUGAGCCUUGGCUGAGGAAAUCUGUUGCUUUUUCAAACUUGUAUAUUUGUAGCUCUGUACUUAAUCCAAAAGCUAGAUAUGGCUCCUCUGCAUAUGAAAGUAUACUGCAUAAUACAUUCACAUAGUUCGUCAUAUAAAUUCUUAUUUUUUUGUCCAUUUCUCCUUUCUGUAUCUUGUACUCUCAUCCUAUGUAGCAUGAUUAGCUUAAGAAAUUGUUCCUUCUGAAGAUUGUAUGCAUGUAUGGCAUAUUAAACACACCUGGGGCCAGUAACACAAAACUAUGCAAUGAUCGCAGAAUAUUUUUCUACAAUUGAUUCCAUUGACUAAACAAUCAAUCGUGAAAAUCAAGCGUACAAUCAAUUGCUAACCUUUGUGUUACGGAACCCAGGACAGAACUUAUUGAAAUUAAAAGGCAGCACAGAAACUUGUUUUGGACAGGUGCAUGAAAACUGAAAUGAUAUAUGCACUAAUCACCUGACCAUUUUGAUGAUAAGCCUUUCUUGUUUCUGACUGGCCUUCGUCUUGUUGCUUAUCUCCUGCUUAACCCCAGAAUAUUUUUCUUUUUAUGUUGGCUUGCACUGAAACUAUGGGAUUAGCCCUGCUUUUAUGGAGCUUUGCAUGGAAUGGGAGUACCAGUGGGCCAGUGUCAUUACUCAUUAGAGCUCUCUUGAAAAUUCAACAUUAGGAGCCAUGAGAUUCAUUCUGGGAAAUGUUAUAAAAAGGAUGAUGUCAAUAAAAAGAUUUGAUAUAUCGAAUUCUACUAUUGAAUUAUGCAUCAUUGGCAAA